UGGGGAGGGAGGGCGAGAGUCUCGGAGAGUUGAGCCUUUUUUGGCAGAAAAAGAAAGUUAAAUCAAGCGUGAAGUGGAACAGUUGGUACUUUAGAAAGAAGGGGAGAAGGAGAAGGGCUGUGAGAAACCCUUUGCAUCUCAUAAAAACCGCGGCAAAUCUCUGUUCCCAGCUGUAUGUUGGGAUUCGGAGCCGUCGAACAAAGGGAAGAUAUUGACUUCAACUGGAAGGCUUGUAUGCAGGAUCCACCUAGUGCACAAUUUGGAGUAAACUUUAAAUGCGGCGUCUUUUCGCCCCCCUCUUCUCGCUUCAUCACUAACACCGCCGGGAAUUGAAGAGGGGAGCGAGAGAGGGGGGGGGGGAGAGACAUUUUUUAACCCGUGCACCAAUCUCGCUGUUAUGCAACUGCGAGGGGUCUUUGCAAAGCCAGAGAACCGGCCGAUUGGGAGCCCCUUUGCAGGAUGCGUUCAAUCCGGUCGCUUUAAACGAGGGUGCGGAUGGUCCCUUCCCUGAAGAAUGCACCGGACAGUCACACUAAGUUGGUACUCGUUGGCGAUACUGGCUUGCUUUAGGUCGGUGGCCGGGGCCCAGCCCGUGUGCUGGGAAGCUCUGCUCCGUUGUCAGCAGGAGAAGGACUGCAAAUGGGCUUACAGCCAGUACAGCGCUGCCUGCGAGCCCUUCCUGAAGGGCUUGAGGAGGCAUUGCCCCAGUCACUGUAUCGGCGCCCUGGUCAAACUCAACCAGACCCAGAACGGGCCGGACCUGGAGAACUGUGACUGCGACCAGGACCUGCAGUGCAGGCGGGCCAAGCGGGCGAUCGAGCCUUGCAUGCCGAGAAGGUACAGGGGCGAGUCGGACCUGGGCUGCACCAAGGCAAGGCAGCGUUGCGAGGAGGAGACGGUGUGUCACGGCGCCAUGAAGGACUACCUGUCCAACUGCGGGCAGCUGUUCAACGGGAGGAGGUGCACGCCGGUGUGCAGGAGUACCAUCCAGUACCUCCUCUCCAUUCCCAGCGGAAUUCUGCUAAACACCUGCGUCUGCGACGGGGUGGAGAGACCUUUCUGUGAGGUGGUUAAGGAGAACAUUCAGAAAUUCUGUUCCAUCAACGGCCACUCGCUUUUGACGGCCACGCCGGACUCGGACGAGAAUUAUGAAUAUGACGAUUAUGAAAUAAACAGAACGGACCUAAAGCCGCAACCAACUGACCCGGCGUCCAACCUUUCCGCGGCGCGCACGUGCUGCUCCCUGCUCCUCGUCGUGCUCCCGGGCUUGUGGUUUCUAUAAUACUUUGUGCAAACAAUUAUUUGCAGGUUUGUUUGUUUUGUUUCCAGUCUCUGCUCUCUCUUUCUCCGCACGCACUCACGGCGAUUCAGUGUUUACAGAGCAGCGGCCGAGGCUGACGAGAACGAGUGAGAUCAAAUUAUUUACCAUUUCGGCCUCACCCACCGAACGAUUUUUCAAAAAAACAUGUAAGUCAUCUUCAUGUCGACCCUGGGAUUUGGCUCGAUUCAAAACCUAACCCAAAAAAAAACGGAAUUUCGUGUACAGUUGGUUCAAAUUGAUUUUAAAAACGUGGAUUUUGAGGUGAGACCCACGGUGGGGAAAGCUUGUAGAUUUGUACGAUUUUUUUUGUAUAAAGGAUGGUACACAUUUUGCCUCUAUUUAUGGUUUUACAGCUAAUGCAUUUUGGAAAUAAA